ACGCAGAAAGAAAAGUUAUUCGUUAAUUGUUUCGGUAUAUAAUAAUGUUGUUCGACAUGGUUUUGUUUUCUUCACGGAGAGAGAUGGGCUUUUGGAAACUCAAAGGUCUACAACAAACCUUACAACAACAGUGCGACCUCAGAGUGGAUGCUAAAGAUACUGAACUGAAAGUGGCUCAUGAGAGAAAUUAAUGCGCUUUGGAGGAGAUGAGAAGGCAGAUGAGAGGGAAGGAGAAAGAAAUGCAAAGCCAAAUCAUUAAACUUCAAAUGGAGUUCGGCGCUAAGCUUGCAAGGGCCCAGAGCAUGUCCACAAAGAGUCAGCCACAGACACAAUCUUCUGCUCCUCAUCCACAGAAUAUCUUUAAAAGAAAGCUCCAGUUCAUUCAGGAGGAGAAAAACAAAGAGAUCGAGGCUCUGCGUCAGAGGGUGAGAAAGCUGGAACAGCAGAACCUUCACGGAUUAAUGGACUCUCGUCUGAAGAGGAGAAAAAACUAAGACUUAUUUUGAGCUGACUUUUGAUACGUGAGGGCCUUUAUCCAAAUG